UUCCCAAAACUAAGAGAAAUACUAAUUAUAUUCCGAGUGAGGGUUCGGGCGGUUAUGCGAUACUAAUGGCUCUAAUGAGGUCUGAAUUGGAAGAUAAUAGCGACUCUUUAGGCAAAUCAGAGCUCCAGAACUUAGCGCAAGAGUUCACCACAACAUCGAUGACAUCGGGAGUGAAUGGCAGUCAUUAUAGCGGUUGGCAUUCAAUCAAGACUUUGAUUAACAAGAAUUUGAUCGAAAGAAGUGCUCACAGAUUGAGUUCAUAUUACUUGACUCCUGAGGGAAGGGAAUUGUCUCUCAAAUUUUCAUCGACUAAUCAAUUAAGUGAUGGUUUUGUUUUAGAGGCCAAUACUUAUGACAUUGUGUUAUGUGUUGACACUCGGGAGCAGACGAGUGGUGUGAACCGGGAUAUGAGGAAAACCGCAUUAAUGGCUGUUUUGCAACAAAACGGCGUCAGAGUAGAGAUGAGGACAUUGAGUGCCGGAGACUUCGCAUGGAUUGCCAAACAGAGGGUUGACUUGCGAUCAAAUAUGGCGACAAUGAAUAUGAACAGCCGGUCCCGAAAGGAAUUGAUUUUGGAUUACGUGGUGGAGAGGAAACGGAUCGACGACUUGGCCUCCAGUCUGAAGGACAGGCGUUGGGACGAACAGAAGUACCGACUCGUGAACAGUGGGGUUCGGAAGCCGUCGUAUAUUAUUGAAUAUUUCGGGUCUCAGACCAAGAGAGGAGACUUCGGAGGCAUUAAAUACGAGUCUUUGGAUCAGGCGAUCGCCAACGCAGAGGUCGACGGCUUUUCCAUCAAACGGUGCGAUUGUUAUGACGACACCAUUCGCUACUUAACACUAAUGACCCGGUAUUUGGAGUCGAGUUUUAAAGACAAAACUCUUUACUCGUGUUUAAGAGAAGAGAUGAUCAACAAAGAGGUGCCGAACGACCACUUCAUGAGUUAUACUGAAUUCGAUCGAAAUGCUAACAAAAUCACUAACUUUACGGUCAAUGAAAUGUUUUUAAAACAUUUGCUGCAAAUAAAAGGCGUUUCUGUUGGCAAAGCGAAAGUCAUUGUCGAUCACUACCCCACCCUUCAGAGCCUUUUGGAUGCCUUCGCUAUCGCCAACACUCUUAAAGACAAACAAAAUCUAUUGUCUUCACUAAAGAGUGGUUUAAUGGAGAGAAACUUUGGCCCAAAUUUAAGCAAAAAAAUUUAUAAGCAUUAUAGCAAUGAG